UGGAAGGGAAGACCGAAGACAGCCAGUGGGUGGGCUGGGCUGCGGUCCUGCUUUCGGGUUCUUACAUCGCAAAUCACGCAAAUACGAUUGUUUAAACCCAAUAUAGGAAUACAGAAACAUCACAGAAUGAGUUAGAGGCUGUGUUUCGUGUGUGCCAGUGCACUGAAACAUGGGUCGUUGCAGCAUCCACGUCCUUCUGCUGCUCUUGCUGCAGGCCCUGCAGACAUCAGCUGAGGACUCAGAUGGACAGUUGACGUGUCUGUGUGAUAAAUGCCUCCAGGCCACCCAGUGCCGUGGUACGCAGUGCUUCUCCUCUGUCAAAGUCAGCAGCAGCAGCAAGGUGGUGAUUGAGCGCGGCUGCCUGAAGGGGCCGGAGAAAAUCAGUUUGCAUUGCUCCACGGCUCCGUCCCUGCACCAUGCUAUUUUCUGCUGCUCCCAGGACAUGUGCAACAGCAACACCACCGCGAGUUCUCUGAUGUCUCUGCUUCCCACAGCCCCAGAGGGUGAGCCAGUUCGGUAUCGUGUGGAGACCUUGGCUCUCUUUGUUCUCGGUCCGGUGGUGGUUCUGGCUUUGCUGUCUGUAGUGUCAGUUCUGGCCUGCAGGAGGCUCCACCACGGCCGUCUGCAGAGGCUGCAGGAGUUUGACACUGAGCAGGGAGCCAUAGAUGGCCUCAUCACCUCCAAUGUGGGAGACAGCACUUUAGCGGACCUGUUGGACCACUCGUGUACGUCAGGCAGUGGUUCAGGUCUUCCAUUCCUCGUUCAGAGAACUGUGGCCAGGCAGAUCAGUCUGAUGGAGUGUGUAGGCAAGGGAAGGUAUGGGGAGGUGUGGCGGGGCCAGUGGCAGGGUGAGAACGUGGCUGUAAAAAUCUUCUCCUCACGAGAUGAGAAGUCUUGGUUCAGAGAGACUGAGAUCUACAAUACAGUGCUGCUAAGACACGAAAACAUACUGGGCUUCAUGGCUUCUGACAUGACUUCUCGCAACUCCAGCACCCAGCUCUGGCUCAUCACGCAUUACCACGAGAACGGUUCUCUUUAUGACUACUUGCAGCGAGUUGCAGUGGAGACGUCUGAGGGCUUGGCGAUGGCGGCGUCCGUAGCGUGCGGCCUGGUGCACCUGCACACGGAGAUCUUCGGCACUGAGGGGAAACCGGCCAUCGCACAUCGGGACCUGAAGAGCAAAAACAUCCUGGUCACAAAGGAUCUGCGCUGCUGCAUCGCAGACUUGGGGCUGGCUGUGACUCACUCCCAGGCAGACAACCUGCUCGAUGUGGGCAACAACCCAAAGGUUGGCACCAAGCGUUACAUGGCACCCGAAGUGCUGGACGAGACCAUUCAGACAGACUGCUUCGAUGCUUAUAAGAGAGUGGACAUAUGGGCCUUUGGACUGGUGUUGUGGGAAAUAGCAAGACGCACAUACAGCAAUGGUAUUGUUGAGGAGUACAAGCCUCCGUUCUACGAUCAGGUGCCAAAUGACCCCAGCUUUGAGGACAUGAGGAAGGUGGUGUGUGUGGAGCAGCAGAGGCCUUUCAUUCCUAACCGUUGGUUCUCUGAUCCUACUCUCUCAGCACUGGUGAAACUGAUGAAGGAGUGCUGGUACCAGAACCCCUCUGCCAGGCUUACCGCGCUGCGGAUCAAGAAGACCCUGGACAAGAUUCACAGCUCUCUGGAGAAGGGCAAGGAGUCGUGAGAGGGAGAGGAGCCUCCGAGGCAGCUGCCUGAUGUCGGGGAUCGGCUCAGAGAAGAGCCCAGUGUUUGUCAAAGGAGAACGGACAGAGGACCAGAGGAGAGAAUUGUUCAAGUGUCAUCCAGCCUCAUCCUUCUCUUCUUGCUCUCUUACUUUCACUGUGGUCGCCUUCCACCGACAUCUUUCUCUCUUGACUUGAAGACGUUUGAAAGUGUCCUGUCUGAAUAAGCCAGCGUUUGCUACAGGACAUGAGCCCAUGUGUUCGCACUGACCUGAAGACUGUUACCGAGUGUGAAGAACAAUGGGUGGCUUAUUGUAGUACUCCCAUCCCAAUGCUUUAAUGCCCAUUUAAGACUGCUCACACACACACACAAACACACAAACCAAACACUACAUACUGAGUGUCUAUUACAGAUUAGUUUCUCAUGCCUGCCCAGUGUUUGUGGCAUGCGGUCGUGGCAUUCUGCUCAGAGACAAUCCCAAGUGUUUCACUCAUUUAGCUUUAUUAGAACAUGCCAACUAUUGCCACAAACGCACACACACAUAUACGCACAUACACAAAUAUGUUCACUUAUGAAAGGAAAAGAGCCAAUAGAAUCAACUGUUUUUAAACUUUUUAAAAUGAUAUUUAUGUAUUAAAUCUCCACUGAUACCACACUACUGAGGAUAUGUAAGACGGUGCGUGAACCUGACUGUAUACAUAUAUAGGCAUUUACUCUACUGGACUUUCUGUACCCAUAUUGUCAUUAUUGGAGCUAGUAAAGAAAUAAGUUGUUGAGAACUAGAGAUGAAAGGUAGGACAUUUUUCAGCUGAGUUUGAUUGUUGUAUGAGAAAAAACCCCACACAGGAUAAAAUACUGUUAGUUUGUUUUUUCCUGGUGGUUCCUGGAGUAGACACACAGCAAGUACCUGCCAAUAGGCAUUAGUCUGUAUCUUAUAAUAAGAAAAUGAAAUGAACUGAUCCUCUCUGCCUAAUGCACUUCAUUAACUCACUGUGGCUGUUCAAAAAAAAAAAAGUCUUCUGUGCUGACAGAGAGGAAUCAAGAAAAACUUGUUUGUGUUGAAGCUGACUUUUCUUUUUUCAAGAUACUUAAAGUGGUUUUCUGGAGCGAGUUGGGCCUCCAUUUACUCCUCUCAUGCUGCCUCACCGUACAUCUUGCCUGAAUAGGAAAGAAAACACUCCCAUCUUAAAAACCGUUUUAUUCAAGAUCCAUUUUGAACAGAUAAAGUUGCCUAAGGUUGUGCGGUUGCUAAUGAAUAACUUCACAAAUGCCAGAUUGGUUUUGGAAGCAAAAAUGUUGCUUUGUCUUUUUUAUAUGUAUUAAAACAUUUACUGCACUCUUGCC